CGUCCACAUUUUUCAAAUUAUAGUUGUUGGUUUGCUUAUAGAAUCUGUCUUCAUGACAAUACACAUUCAGCAAAAUGGAUACAAAGGAAUUGUGGUUUCUAUUUCUGAAAAGGUUUCGGAAGAUCAGCUUUUACUUAGUACAAUACAGACCUGGUUGACUGAAGCAUCACACAAAAUGUACAUUGCUACAAAGUAUCAUGUAUACUUAAGAGAGAUAACUAUUAUCAUUCCCUCUACAUGGUCAAAUAAUGGCGCUUACAGCUCUAUUAGUUCGUCCAUAGCAAAAAAGGCACAUGUGAAAAUUGGAGAAUAUCCAGACUAUAAAAGUCCAUUUGCAUGGACAUAUGGAAAAUGUGGUAAAGAAGGACUGUAUAUUCAUUUUACGACUGAUCUACUCAAAGCAGGCACCAGUGGUGGUUAUGGGAAUCUAGGCAUAGUAUUUACCCACGAAUGGGGACACUUCAGAUGGGGCAUUUUUGAUGAAUAUCCAACUGUAAGAGAAAAAGGCCAGUUAGUGAAGUUUUAUCAAUACGAUGGAAAAUAUGAACCUGUAAGAUGCAUAACAAAUAUGGAAGGUGAAAUAUAUGACUUAAAAAACAGAGGAAAGUGUUCUGUUGACGACAACGGUAAACCCGAUCAUAACUGCCACUUCAGUCCCCAUUCUGACCAUAGAGCAACAGCAAAGGCAUCGAUUAUGGGCCAUGCCUAUAUAAAAACUAUGUCCAUGUUUUGCGAUGGGGAAAGUACUGAUCCAACAACAUAUCACAAUCGUUUUGCUCCUAAUAACCAGAAUACCAGGUGUAGUGGCAAAAGUGCAUGGGAAAUAAUGCGGCAGCAUAGCGACUUUAAAAACACUGUACCUAGAAGCUCAACAGCGAAUACUGUCCCAACUUUCCGUAUUUUACAAGUUACCCAACAACACAAAAUUUGCCUUGUAAUUGAUGUUUCAGGAAGUAUGCAGAGUGAAAUACGACAAACAAGGGAUAGUAUGGCUUCAUUGAUUAAGUAUGGACUUCCAAAUAACAGUUAUGUUGGAAUUGUAAAGUUCAGUAGUGCUGCAACUUUGGUGAAAGGCCUUACUUUAAUAUCAACUGAUGCUGACAGGUCUACUCUCGUGUCAUAUUUACCAACCACAACAGGCGGAUCAACAUCCAUAGGCGCAGGUCUACAAAAAGCAUAUCAGGCUCUGUCAAACAGUGGUAAUGUAAAUGGUUCAAUUAUCUACCUUGCUACAGAUGGUCAAGAGAAUAUUAUCCCCUUAAUAGCGGAUGUGCAACCAACGUUGUUAUCAAAUGGAAUAACUAUACAUAGCUUAGCAAUAAGCAAUGCUGCAGAUUCAAAAAUUCAAGACCUCGCCUUUGCAAGUGGUGGGAAAAGUUACUUUUAUUCAGCAUCAUCGUCUAAUUCAACAGCGCUUUUAGAUGCAUUGACUGAGCCGUUUAAGGAUUUAUCGAGUGAUGCUUUAAUACGGAUCAAAAGUGUUCAUGUUAACACAAAAGACCAAGAUAUGGUUUUUAAAGAAAGUUUUUUUAUUGAUGGAACAGUAGGUCGUGAAACAGUAGUUCAGCUUAUUGCCGAGAACUUACAUGAUGUAAAUCUAACAGUUUCUCACGAGGAAGACGUAUACACAAUUAUAGGUUCUUCUGUAGAUGUAGGCGAUAUUGCCAUCAAGAUUCCUGGUAUUGCAGGGAUUGGUGAAUAUAAGAUAUUGAUUACAUCUACUAGCAUCAACGGAGUGAUCGGAACUAUAAGUAUUCAAUCAAGAGCACGGACUAUAAAUGCAGAUGUUAUACAAACAGACGUAAUGACCGAAAUUUCAAACUUUAAUUUCACAUCAAACCUACCGUUUCCGUUAUAUGUAUCUGUACUUAGGGGAGCUAACCCAGUCAUUAGAGCCUCUGUUAAAGCAUAUAUUGAAAAUCAGAAUGGGCAAUCAUCGUAUUUGCUGCUGAAGGAUAAUGCUGUUGGUGCAGAUUUUGGAGCUGGAGAUGGUAUUUAUUCUGGAUAUAUUCUACCAAAUCUUAUCACAGCGAACGGUCGACAAAGUAUCAAAGUAAUUAUAGAAGGAUAUAAUGCAUCUGUAGUUAUAUCUAAACCUGUAUCGACGGCUCUCACAGAGGCUUAUGGAGAAGUGGAACUACAAGAGGAGUCGAUUGGUCAAUUCAUGCGAGUAAAUUUGGCAAAUGAAGUUGUUGUCUCCAACUAUGUCCAAUCUAACAGCGAUGUUGAUGUCAUCCCACCAUCGCCAAUACUGACAUUACAUCUCAUGAAAGUAGACACAGAUAAUAACAUCUUCACGUUAGGAUGGACGGCAGUUGGUGAUGAUUUCGAUACUGGGACAGCAAGUGCAUAUGAUUUACGAAUUUCUGCAAACUACACAAAAAUUACAACCAUUCCAGAUCAACAAGUAGUUUUACAAUCAGAGCAGAUCCCAAAUGAGGCUGGAAGUGAGGAGUCUUUCUCUUUUAGACUAAACAAAGAAGGCAAACACUCAACCUACUUUGUAAUUGUAAGAGCUGUUGAUGAUUUUAAUAAUACUGGAGAUAUUUCGAAUGUAGUCACUGUUACGGUUAUAAAUGAUCCGUUAUGGCUUAAUAAACCAAGUAUUUGGUCUUCUGGUUUUCGAAGCACAUUUCUAAUUAGUAUAUCGUCAGGUGUGGCCUUGAUUUUGAUUGUUGUAUUGGUAUCAUGUGUUAUUUAUAUAACAAAGAGAAGAGGUGGUGGAAGCUCUAAAGGACCAGUAUAGCUAUUGAUAAACUCGUAUGUCAGGACAUCGUCAGCAUAAAAUGAUAGAAAUAACCAAUAAAA